CAGAGCCUGUAAUUCCGAUACGCCAAGCAUAAAUAUGCAUAUGGGCGUUCCAGGAUUAGUUCAACUACAAGCGCCAAGUUAUUCGCCAAAUGUAAUUCAAUCACAAGGUCCAAUCAUGUCUGGAAUUGAUCCCCGUUAUUUGGCGGCAUUUACAGAUAACAGCAGUGGAUACAUUGCUUCAGAUACUUCAAAGAAACAAACGGAAAUUGAUUUAUUGAAGAACGAAGUACAGUAUCAAGUUAAAACUCGUGGAGAGAAACUAAAAGAGUUAUAUAUAAAUGGCACACGCGUAUAUUCUGGAUCUGUUGAGAACAUUCUAAAAUGGCAUAAGUCGCUACAAGACAUAGGAGUCAUGGUUCUUUAUGAAAUAGUCGGUAAAUGUGUCAGCGUAAGAGCUGGGGAAUCUUGCGCUAAGAACUUGGUCGUGAGAGAUGAUAAUGGCCCAGCUAUUCAAGUAGUCUACUAUGAAAUAGACUUUUUGUUGCCGGAAUUGAAAAUACCUUGUAUGAUAAGGGCGAUAGGACGUAUUAUGCCGGGAACGAGUAGGUUGCAAGCGUUCAAUGUGCGACCCGCCACAGGCGAUGACGUCGCUUCACUGCCACGUCGAGCUGCUGUCGCUUCUCAUCACAUCACGAAGCUUUGCAAAGAAUAUUUUAAUUAA